CCCCUUCCCUGCCCUCAUCGCGUCCAACUGCCGAUCAGUCCGACCCCAAACCCACCCGGCGACGCCGUCCGCCGCCGUCCCCAUGGCAGCCCGCCGCGGCCCGCACGUCAUCAGUCUCCACGACUCCGCCCCGGCGCUCCUCGGCCGCGCGCCGCAGCACCAGCAGCCCGGCGCCGAGUCCCCGCACGGCGCCCUCCUCCCCAUCCCGCGCGGGGGGCCCGCGCCGCACCCCGCCGUGGCCGCCCUCGAGGAGCGCAUCAUCUCCAGGGACGUCGACAUCCAGGAGCUCCUCGUCGACAACCAGCGCUUCGCCGCCACGCACGUCGCGCUCCAGCAGCAGCUCAUCUCCGCGCAGCACGAGCUCCGGGCCGUCUCGCUCGCCGGCAACAAGGCCCGCUGCGAGCGCGAUGCCGAGGUCCGCGCCAUCGCCGACCAGGCCGCGCGCAUCGAGGCCGAGGCGCUCACCGUCGCCGCCGCGCGCGCGGAGGUCGACCAGGUCCACGCCGACGUGCGGGUGCUAGCCGGCUCGCGCACCGAGCUCAUGGACCGCCUCCGCGUCCUCCGCGAGCAGGUAGGGCGCGCGCAGAGCGAGGCGGCCAAGGCAGAGAACGUCCGUAUCCAGAUCGAGACCAUGCGCAGGGAGAUCCAAAAGGGCAGGGCUGCGGUUGAAUUCGAAAAGAAGGCGCAUGCUGAUAACCUUCAACAAAGUAAAGCAAUGGAGAAAAAUAUGAUUGCUGUGGCUAGUGAGAUUGAGAAGCUUCGGGGUGACCUUGUAAAUGCUGAAAAGCGGUCCACUGCUGUCACCACAGCACCAGCUGUAGCUAACCCUGGGUAUGCUGCUCCAUAUGGCAGUACAGAGGCAACGUAUGGCACCGCAUAUGGCAAUCCUGAGGCAGCAUAUGCUGCAACAUACGGCAGUGCUGAGGCAACUUAUGCUGCGACAUAUGUCAAUUCUGAUGCUUAUAGCACGAAUCAGGCUCAUACUCGUGCAGAUGGCAAUCCUCAUUAUAUGGGUCAACCGGUCCACUAUGCGCAGUACGAUGGCCAGCAGCAGCAGCACACCAACGUGCAAAGAUGAAUGCUGACCGAGGGUAUCUUUGACCUGGUGUGCGCUCUUCUUAGGCUUCUUCAGUGUAAAAGGGUAGAUGCAGGAUGCCCCGAAUUAUGGUAGAUAGAGGGAUUCAUCGCAUGGAAGCGCUGAAUAUGUUGUUAUACUCAUUUGGUUAAUCCACCCUGAAAUGUACAAGCUGGUAGUUUGGAUUAAAAUCUUUUAGAAAUUCUUGAUGUACCUGUCCUGAUAACUCGUCAGCUAGUUGUGUUGAGGAAAAUGCAUUUCGAUGGCCCUUGACAGGGAUUCUUAUGAUUCUCGCACAUGUAGUCGUGAGGUGGUUUGUACAUACAUUUAAUGGAUGACCUUAGCAAGUCGCUAUGUUUCUGUA